GGCGGGCACCUCAAGGUUGUCCUGUUGACGAACCAGAAGCCAUGGCGCAAUUCCUCAAGGCAGCAGGCAAUGGCGACAUUGACAAGGUAGAGAAGCUCCUUGACAACAUCCACUUCCAGAACAAGAAGGGCGAGUCAGCCCUGCAUGUGGCGGUCGCCGAAGCGCAGCUUGAAAUGGUCGAGUUCCUCGUGAACCACCGCGCGAAUGUCAACCUUCAGGAGAAGAAGGCUGGCUUCACGCCGUUGAUGCUGGCGCUGGCGCAGCAGCCGCAAAGCUACCUCGACAUGCUCGAGAUCAUGAUGAAGGCGCAGCCCGACCUGACGAUCAAGGACGUGUCGGGGCAGACUGCGCUCCACCUCGCUGCUCAGUACGGCAAUGUCGACGCUGUCAAGAUCUUUCUCAAAGCCAAGACCAACUUGGACCUUCCAGAGACCAAGACGAAGAUGACGCCGCUGAUUGCGGCCGCGGGCCGAGGCAACUUUGAGAUCGUACAGCUGCUGGCGCAGAAGGGCCACGCGAUCAACGCCGUCGACGCCAACGGCAACACGGCCCUGCACUGGGCGUGCAUGGGCCAAAGCCAAGACGCGCCCGAGAUCGUAACCCUGCUCUGCCAGCGUGGCGCCAAAGCCAUUCCCAACCACGCCGGCGACCUCCCGCUGCACGCGGAAGCCGCUCAUUGCGACCCGAAAAAGCCGUGGCCGUCGCCGGUCGGGGCGUUCCUCUGCGAGACAUUUCCCGACACUGUGUCGGCGACCAACCGUCGUGGCUUGACGGCGGCGGCUUUGUACGCGCGCAGUGACGUCAUGCUCGACGAAGAAGCUGCUGUCGAAGCACCUGUCGCGACAAAAUCCAAGGGCAAGAAGCAACCGCCCGUGCGCGACUUGGCCGAAGAGAAGAAGCUGGCGGAAAAGGCGCAAAUCGCUCGCGCUGCGGCGAUUGCUCGGACGAAGAAGCGAUGGACGCGCCAGGUCCAGGAAGAGCCCGAAGAGCCCGAAGGCACGGAAGAGGAGCAGGCGGCGGCGGCAGCGCAGACCGCGAUCGAAAACACGACCAGCCCAUUGACGAUGGCCAUCAUCGUGGCGGUCAUUGUCGGCUUCUUUGCCGUCCUCUACGCAGUGCUCGACAGCAUGGCCACGCCGGCCAAGUAGACCUAGGAUAGCUAGUCGCUUCUAAGGCAUGAACAUGCUUCGCGCUGGUGGUAGACCGGCGCGCCCACCUUGGCUUCAUC